AUGGCUACUGCAGAAGCCGUCGACGUCCGCAACGUCACCACCAUCGGUCAUGUCGACCACGGCAAAACCACGAUGAUGGAUGCUCUGCUUGCAGCAAAUAACAUCAUCUCCUCUAGAAUGGCCGGAAAGAUUCGGUACCUGGAUAGCAGAGAGGACGAGCAAGAGAGGGGCAUUACAAUGGAGAGCAGCGCUGUUUCCUUGCGCUUCAAGGCUAUGGAAAAGACUCCCGAAGGAGAACCUCGCCCGAAGACGUACGUCAUCAAUAUGAUUGACACUCCUGGGCAUGUCGACUUCUCAAGUGAGGUCUCGACAGCGUCGCGUCUCUGCGACGGUGCGCUUGUCCUCGUCGAUGCAGUGGAAGGUGUAUGCACCCAGACAAUCACAGUUCUGCGCCAAGCAUGGCAAGAUCGCUUGAAACCGAUUCUUGUGGUAAACAAGUUCGACCGACUCGUCACCGAACUGAAGCUCUCGCCGGUAGAAGCCCAUCACCAUCUCUCUCAGCUCAUCGAGCAAGUGAAUGCAGUCAUGGGUAGCUUCUUUGCGGGAGACCGCAUGGAGGACGAUCUGCGAUGGAGGGAAGAGCGCGAACGUCGGCUGGCAGCAAAGAAGGAGUCACUCGAGGAUGAGCUUCUAGCUACCGUCAACGAAGAAGACGAGUUCCAAGAGAAAGACGACGACGACCUCUAUUUUGCACCUGAGCGCGGCAAUGUAAUCUUCGCGUCGGCCAUAGACGGGUGGGGCUUCCGCAUCGGCAAGUUCGCACAUUUGUACGCCAUCAAGCUGGGCAUGAAAGAGGGCAACCUACGUCAGGUCCUUUGGGGUGAUUUCUACCUCGACCCCAAGACGAAACGUGUUAUAUCGGCAAAGCAUCUACGGGGGCGCUCCCUGAAGCCGCUGUUCGUUCAGUUCAUCUUGGAGAACAUUUGGGCAAUAUACGAUGCUGUGUCGCUUAACCCAAACCCAGACAAAGUGGCCAAGAUUAUCACCACCCUUGGCUUGAAGAUCCUUCCUCGAGACCAAAAGUCCAAGGACACCCGUCAACUCCUCUCCUUGAUCUUCUCGCAGUGGCUCCCAUUGUCUUCAUGCGCCAUCCAGGCAAUUGUCGACGUCGUGCCUCCUCCAUCGACGGCACAGCAAAUACGCAUUCCAAAAAUGCUCUAUCCGGAAUUGUACGAGUCGACAAUUGCGGCCAAGAACAAGCUGGAAGAAGACUUGUACUCUUGCAGCGCCGACGCGACUGCCUCCGUAGUGGCGCUCGUCAGCAAGAUGUUCGCCGUCCCCAGCUCCGAGCUUCCGGAAAACAAGAAGAAAGCCCUCACCGCCGACGAGAUGCGCAGUCGCGCGAAAGCUGCUCGGGAGGCCCGUGCUGCCGUUGCCGCCCCGGCCACCGCCACAAACGCCGUGGACACAGAAGCCGCUUCAGUUCCGAUUGAAGGCGCAAUGAAGAACGCCCAACUCAACGACGACGUCCCAGCCGCCGAGCCAACCGAGGACGACGCCGAGGAGACGCUGCUCGGGUUCGCGCGCAUCUACUCGGGCACGAUCCGCGUCGGGACGACGGUGAUCUGCGUGCUCCCCAAGUACAACCGUGCGCUUGGGCCGGCGCACCCGCGCAACGCGCCGCACAUCGCGGCGGCGGCGGUCGAGCAGCUCUACACGAUGAUGGGCCGCGAGCUCGUACCGGUCGAGAGCGUCUCCGCGGGGAACGUGUUCGCGGUGCGCGGGCUCGAGGGCAAGGUGUGGCGGAACGCGACGCUGUGCGCGCCGGCGAUCGGGGGCAUCAAUAGCUCCAACCCGGAUUGGGGCGCACACGAGGAUUGUCUUGUGAACAUGGCGGGUGUGCUGCGUUACGCCGCCCCGAUCGUCCGGGUCGCUCUGGAGCCAGAGCACCCGGGUGACAUGCCGAAGCUGUUACGCGGACUCAAGCUCCUCAGUCAGGCCGAUCCGUGCGUGGAGACAUUCCAGCAGCAGACGGGCGAGCAUGUUAUCUUGACAGCCGGCGAGCUGCACGGCGAGCGGUGUUUGAAGGACCUCCGCGAGAGAUUUGCGAAGAUCGAAAUCCACGCGUCUAAGCCUAUCGUGCCCUUCAGAGAGACUGCCGUGAAAGGCGUCGAUAUGGCGCCCCCGAAGACGCCAAACGCCAAACGCGGCACAAUUCAUGGCGCCGCAGCACACGACUUGGCAAAGUUUACGAUCCGUGCAUCCCCGCUCCCUGCACCGAUAUUGGACUUUCUAUUCGACAACCUCGCUAUCUUGCGCCGCAUGCAACAGGAGCUCAAGGCUGGCGAAGAGGAUCCGGAGGCCGGAGUUGGUGGGGACGAUGACGUGGCCCCCGCGGAUGAGGACUACGACGUGCAGGGCGAGUAUAUCAAGAAGCCCACGAUCAAGGUGGAACAGUUCUGGUCCGCGAUGCAUGAAAAAUGCAAGGAGGCCGGCGGGGAGUGGAGCGAUGUCGCGGCCAAGACGUGGGCGUUCGGACCGCAGAGGGUGGGGACGUGCCUCCUAAUCGACACCAGAUCAGGGCAGCCCAACUCGUUGAAAGAGCGGUUAGCGCGGAUCAAGUCCCAUGAGGUGGCCAAUGAGCAGGACCCGCUCGCGCUCACGUUUGAUGAUUCCCUCGAAACGGGAUUCCAGCUGGCCAUGUUUCAAGGACCUCUGUGUGCUGAGCCCGUGGAGGGUAUGGCGUACUUCGUAGAGUCGCUCACCCUUGACAGGGGAGGGAUCGAGCAGGAACAAGCGUCGAACCGGACCGCACAUCUGACGGGCUCCUUCAUUUCGGCCGUCAGGGACGCCUGCAAAAAUGGACUGCUCGACUGGUCCCCACGUCUGAUGCUCGCCAUGUAUACCUGCGAUAUCCAAGCGUCUACGGACGUUCUUGGCAAAGUGUACGCCGUCGUGGCGAAGCGCCGGGGACGCAUAGUGUCCGAGGAGAUGAAGGAGGGCACCGAGUUCUUCACCAUCAGCGCGAAGCUGCCCGUCGUGGAAAGUUUCGGUUUUGCGAUGGAGAUCCGGAAGCGAACUUCUGGGGCGGCGAGUCCGCAGCUCAUCUUCAGCGGGUACGAGAUGCUCGACCAGGAUCCGUUUUGGGUCCCUACGACGGAGGAGGAAUUAGAGGACCUGGGUGAGAAAGCGGACCGAGACAAUUUGGCAAAGUCGUACAUGGAUGCUGUACGCGAGCGCAAAGGUCUGUUCGUCGACAAGAAGAUCGUCGAGUUUGCGGAGAAGCAGCGUACGCUCAAGCGAUGA